GUCAUCAUUCGGCGUCGGCUUGAAAGAAGCGGCUCGUGGAGUUUGCAGGAAACUUCAGGUUGCUGAAUCAUUUUGAUUGCUGAUACGAGGAUGGACUCUCUGUAUGGGCCUGUCGCUUUGGGUAUACUGGCAGGUGUAGGCUGUGGGCUCUGCCUCGGAUGGCACCUCAGUGGGCGUUUGGGCAGAUCGUCCCGCAGCAUGAUGGCAGCUUUAGGAAACAGCGCCGGUGCUGGCAGCGAGGCCAGUGUGAUGGGUGAGAGCGGAGAGUUCAGAAUGAUCCUGGUGGUCCGAACCGAUCUGAAGAUGGGCAAAGGUAAAGUGGCAGCCCAGUGCUCCCAUGCCGCUGUGUCCGCCUACAAGCAGGUCCAGCGCAGAAACCCAGAGCUCCUGAAACAGUGGGAGUACUGCGGUCAGCCCAAAGUGGUGGUCAAGGCUCCAGACGAGGACUGUCUGCUGGAGCUGCUGUCCCACGCCAAAGAGGUCAGACUGCCGGUCAGUUUAAUCCAAGAUGCUGGAAGAACCCAAAUUGCACCAGGGUCUCGGACAGUUCUUGGCGUGGGACCAGGACUAGCUGAUCUUAUUGAUAAAGUGACUGGACACCUAAAAUUGUAUUGAAUAACACUAUUGGAUUAUGAUGGGACUAAACUUCUUAUCAUUUUUCUACAACUACAAAGAGUGGUGAAGAUGAAUUAAAAGGGUUAAUGACACAUUGAUUUAUAGGUUUAACCAUUUAUUUUAAGUAAACAGUGCACUCAUUCCAUCAUUGAACAUGAGUCAAUUUUGUGUCAUAAGUCUUAUGUACAGGAAAAUUUUAUUUUGGGGAAUCUCAUUUCUAUCAUAUUUCAAUCGCCCCCCUCAUACCCAAUGGAAUAAAUGACUUUUGUUUAACUUUGACUUUGGUGCAAAAAAAAUCACCCCGUUCCUUUUUCAGUCGCACAGCAAAGCUUGUAUAAUUAAUUCUGUGAACAUUUAGAUUUAAAACACUGGAUUGAUGUCAAACUGGCUUCUUAAGUAUUAACAUAGUUUUAUUUACACAAGUGAUAAAGCCACAAAUUCCCACCGUAGAGCUUCAUUUAUGUUCUGAAUGUCUGAAAGUGUCCAGUGAGUAUGAAGGAGGAGAAAUUACAAAGUGUGUUGGGAAAAAAAUACAUGGCACAUGAAGCUAUGUUUAGACCAGAUUUUUCUUGACAAACAAGAAGCCUUUAUUUAUAUGAUAAUCUGGGGGGAAAAAAAAUCUCAUUCUCUUUGUGCACAAUCAGAUCACUACAAUAUACGUGUAUGAUUAAUCUCAACUCAGUUAAAACCGAGUACAGGACACAGGGAGUUAGUUUAAUCUUCGUUCUCAAACCAUUUGUGAUUUCACUUCUUUACAAAUAAUGGGUAAACUGAGUUUAGGAAUAACUGGCAGGAUAAACUGGCUUUCUAGUCUCAAUUCGGUGCCGUACAGUGACCUAAACAUCACAACAACCAGCAUACACACAUACGCACACAUACACACUGCAGCACAGAGAGGUAAGGUUAGUAAAACACACACAGGUGUGGAGAGCCACAUAUAUAUUUAUAUAUAUUUGAAUUAUUAUCCCUCCUCAAAUGGAUGGUCCCACACAAUGAGUACGAGUUACUGCACAACAAAAGUUUGUUUUUCAUAUGGAAAACAAAAAUUGGAGAACCUGCAUAGGUCAGGGAAAAGGUUUGAAGUUGCCAUACGAAUGCAUGUUUAUGCAUUUAAAAUAACUUUUGAUAUAUAUAUUUCGAGAGCUACGCACCCCCAUUGAAUUACUGGUAUUGACUAGUGUUUGUGGAGGCGGUAGUUGUACGUUUUUUUUUUCUCCGUUUUAUUUUCUUCCCUAGAAUAUACAAUAUUAAAUGCUGACAGACUGAACAAGUUGUUCACACACACCAAAAUGAUACAUUGGUUGUUUUUCCUCUGACUACGGAGUGCAAAUCUGAUUUUGUUUUGUCAUUUUAAUUAAGCUGACUUGCUUCUCCCACAAGUCUCCUCAUUGUAGACACCAUUCCCCUUUUAUUGACAGAUAAAACUGACAGGAAAUUAAAUCUAGUAAGUAUCUGGAAUGUGAAAAAAAUAAUUUUUGAUGAAAUCUUUGACAAUAUAGAAAUAAAGUCCUUCAUGAUGGUAUAAAGAAAACACGAUAAACAAAAACGAUCAUUU